AUGGAUUUUGUUGUGGUGGUUUCCGAGGUUCCGCUUGUUCCUGUGCCGCCAACGAUUUCUUACCCGCGCAAAUUGGAACGAUACAUUCUUAUGGUAAUUUUUUAUCUUUGAAACAGUUUCAUAAUUUGCCUUUCUUUUGUAGGGUUAUCCCAAUGUCAACUCGAGUUAUGAGGCACUUGAAGGGAUCUUUUCAUCUGUUCAACUCGAUAAUAAAGGCCGCGUGCGUGGUUCAAGUGGAAGUCAGAGAGGAUACAGCGGUGGACCUAUCUUCAACUACAAAGGCGAGCUGCUUGGCAUCAAUGUUGCAAAUGAAUCUUCAACGAAAUUUAUUGGACUAAGCAGUCGAAGCACGAUAGGCGAGCUUUUCAAUGAGAUUAAUGCUGCUUUUUCGUCUCUUUCAGUCAUUGUACCAGUCUACUAUUUAGCUAUGGGAAUUCACGAAAAUCUCAAUUUUCAGCAAUAA